AUGGACCCAUGCCUCAAGGAUGAGUAUAGACGGCAGUUGACAGGAGCUUGUGACCAAGUGCCCUGCUAUAAGGUGUUCUGCCGACGUGGGUUAGAAAACGAGGCUGCCGAGGCGUUAUCUGAAGUGCUUUCGAGAUAUGGAGAUGUGUUUUUGUGUAAAAACAUAUACAAAACUAUAGAGAAAGCCUCUUAUGUAAACUUUAGUAGAAGUGGAAAUGUAUUCUUGGAUUUCUUCUUUUGCCUGAGCAGAGUAGGGUCUAGAAGAGACAUGUCCAUCGAAGAAAGUAGAGUCGAGUCUGAUGGAAGUGAGACUUCAAUGCUUUGCAUUAAGAAUGAAGACGGCAUGAAACUAGAGGGAGCAAUGCAGUCUGUUGAAUGGACCAAGAGAAGAUUUAGAAAGAGAAGCGUUCCUUCCUUAAAAAACAAGAGCGGAAACAGAUUUGGAUGCCUAAAGAUUAAUGAGAUGAAGGAUGAGUUUGAUGGAGCAUCUAAGCUUGACCAUUCUAUUUGCACCUUGAUAUCUGGAAAAGAGAAAAUUACUGUAGAGAAUAGGUACGUUCUUGUUGGGGUUCUUGAGCUACUACUCAAGAAAUACGAGAACUCAUUACAUCUUACUCUUGGAAUGAUUAUUAUUAGAAUUUACUGCUCAAUAAGUAAAUACGACGAUGUUGAGGAAGCAUACUACCCGAUUUUGUACAAGAUAUUCCGCAAUAUCCGGAGUCUGUACAGUGAGAUGCUUAAGAAAGCUUCACUUAGUGAGGGGAUUACAUGCAGGGGAGAAAAGAUAGGCUCUAGAGAGGAUCAACCUAUUUGUAUAUACCUCCCUAGGUUUACAAAACUUGAUCUCUCAAUGCUUGUAGAUAAUAUAGCUGGUAUCCUUAACUCUGAGGAGGUUAUCGAUAACAGAGAGAGCAAGAGGGUUGAUAGUCUAUUAGGCAUAUUACAUUUGUUGUAUCUUAUAAACGAGGAGUGUGGGCUACUUAGCUAUAAAAGAUUCUAUCUAACAGCUUUUUGCUCCCGUAUGAACUUUCGUGAGGAAUUUAAACACUUCAGAGCAAAGUCGAAGACACCUCUCAACUUCCCAUUCAUCCUUCCGGUGCAUAUCAAAGCAGAGCUCAUCAAGUAUGAAAACAACGACAGAAUGAAAACUUCCUUACAAGAUUCAUUUUUUAAGUCUUUGUUUGAGGGCCAUGUGGAUCCAUAUCUGUUCAUUACCGUCAAUAGAGAAACGGUGUAUAGAGACAGCAUCGAGAUAUUCAAAAAGAUGAAUGUAUCGAAUGCAAGAAAACAACUUAGAACCACAUUCAAAAACGAGGAAGGAGUAGAUUCUGGAGGAAUAAGAAAAGAAUACUUCCAACUGUUAAGCCAAGAGAUAAAGGAGGAUGGAAGAUUAUUUGAGCAUACCGAGAACAGAAUCUGGAUUAGGCCCCACGAAGGGGAUGAAGAGGAAUACGAGGCCAUCGGGAGAAUAAUUGCAAUAGCGCUUUACAAUAAUGUUGUUCUCAACAUUCCAUUUCCAAGUUUGUUUUUCAAGAAGCUUCUUGGCAGGAGGCCAUCUCUCGAUGAUUUGAGGGAGAUAUCCAGCGGGAUAGCCACAUCGUUGAGGAAUCUGAGAAAGCUUUCAAAAGACGAGAUCAAUGAACUGGAUCUAAGGUUUGUUGCUGAGCACAAUGUUGACGGGACCACAAAAACAUACCCUCUUGUGAAGAACGGGAAGAACAUAAGGCUAACAUCAGAAAACAUGAGGCUAUUUAUUGAGAAGUACAUUGAAUUUCAUACAGAUACCCUUAUAAAGCCUCAGUUUGAGGCUAUUCGAAAAGGCUUCUAUUCGAUAAUAGACAAGGACAAGAUGAUGUAUCUAGAUCCAAAGGAACUAGAGAAGAUAAUGAUGGGAUCGAAUACAUUUGACAUUAAAGCAAUAAGGUCCUCCACUACAUAUUCUGGGUUCAAAGAAGAUUCUCCUAUUAUUAUCUACUUCUGGGAGAUAUUCGAGGGAUUCAACAGGAAGAAAAGAAAGAAACUUCUUCAGUUCAUUACAGGAAAUGACAGAAUACCUGUCUCAGGCCCUGCAUCACUAAAGCUUGUCAUAAUGAGAAAUGGGUGCGAUACCGAUAGACUCCCCUCUUCACAGACAUGCUUCAACACACUUCUACUUCCCGAAUAUUCAUCCAAGAACAAGUUAGAGAAAAAGCUUGAAACCGCUCUGGAAUUAACAGCAGGUUUCUUUCUGCUUUGA